AUGUCCGGCGUUCUUAUGGUAGCAGAAAAGCCAAGCAUUGCCAAAAGCAUUGCUGAGGCUCUCGGUGGCAAUAAUGUAGAAAAACGGCAAGGAGCUUCCAAGAUUUGCCCAGUUUAUGAAUAUAAUGGCAGAUUUUUUGAUGAGCCUGCCCAUUUCAUCGUAACAAGUGUAGCUGGUCACUUAUUCAGCACUGAUUUCCCCAAGAGGUUCAAUAAUUGGAACGAAGUAGAUCCUAUAUCCCUGUAUGAUGCAGAAACCUUGAAGAUCGAAACUUCAAUGAAAGGUGGAAACUUGAUAAAGCACCUUCAAAACGAGGCAAAAAGAUGCAAAUACUUAAUCUCCUCUCGCGAGUGAACAAAAUCAUCAGAAAAAAUCCUAUUUUUUUUGGGUAAAACCACCUCCAUGAUCGAUAAAAACAUUUUAAUAUAUAAAAAUUUUUUAUGAAAAAAAAUUUUAAUUUACAACUGAUAAUUAAUAUAACGAAAUUUUUAACUAAUUCUAUUAAAUUUUGCAUCUUAAAUAUAAAUUUUUACAAUUUAAAAUCAUCUUAUUGUUUUAUUUUUAAACUGGGGAAAAAAAAUUAUAUAUAAAAUUUAUAAAAAUAAGAUUAAUGGUUAGACAAAUAUUUUUCAUGCGCGUUAGUGCUUUGGCUCGACUGCGAUAGAGAAGGUGAAAAUAUUUGCUUUGAAGUUAUGAGCAUCGUAGAAGAUUAUAUGCAAAGAUCUAGCUAUCAAUGAGUUUAUCGUGCUAAAUUCUCUUCAUUGACUACUCCAGAUCUCAGAAAAGCUAUGAUGGAGUCAAAUUUGGUAGCGCCAAAUAAAAAUGAAAGCGAUUCAGUAGAUGCCAGGCAAGAGCUUGACUUAAAAAUUGGAGCUAGCUUCACGAGAUUCCAGACACAAUUUUUCCAAGGGAAAUAUGGGGAUUUAGACUCAAAGCUUAUUUCUUAUGGCCCUUGCCAAACACCUACAUUAGGUUUUUGCGUGAAAAGGCAUGAUGAAAUUGUAAGCUUUAAGCCUGAGCCUUAUUAUGUCUUAAGUCUAUCAACGAGAACUUCUCCUCCUACUAAACCAAAAUAUGCAAAAGGACACAUAAAGCAUGCUCCAUCUGGUGAAGCUUUAUUAAAGAAGCUAAACGAGCUAAAAAACACUCCAGCUAUUGUAAGAUCAGUCCAAAAAUCUUCACAUAAAACCAAAAAACCUUCUGGACUCAAUACAGUCCAUAUGCUAAAAUUAGCUUCGUCUAUUUUAGGAUUAGGACCUCAAGCAGCCAUGUCAGCUGCUGAAAGACUUUAUAGACCCUGAAAUAUUUUAGAUCGUUAUUGGCUAUCUUAUUUAAUUUUCAAAAUUAAUUUGAACUUGGCAUCUUUUCUGAAAAGUAAAAACAAAAAAGACAAAUAUUCAUUUAUGGUUUUAAGAUGCUUAAUCAGACUUAGACUUCAUAAGGCAGACCUGAACCAUUUUUUUUUCUCGCCAAUAUUCUACUGGGGUAUAGCGAUCUAUUAUGGUGCAUAAAUUAUACUUGUCAGGAUAUAUAACCUAUCCAAGAACUGAAAGUACAGCAUAUGCCCCUUCAUUUAAUCUCCAUGAAGUCAUUAGUAUUUAUCAAAGGCAUCCUCAAUUUGGUGAGCAUGCUCAAAUGUUAUUAAAUGGAGGCUUUAAAAAGCCUCAUAAAGGAAUUGAUGCUGGCGAUCAUCCACCUAUAACUCCUUGUGGCUCAGCUGGCCAGCUAUCAGGAACUGAGCUAUCUCUUUAUAAUUUGAUAUCUAGGCAUUUCUUAGCAACUGUAAGCCAAGAUGCAACUUUUCAGCAAAUUGAUGUGCUCUUUGAUUAUGGAGGUGAGCAAUUCAAACUUAAAGGCUCUCGCACAGUAAACCCAGGAUUCUCUGCGAUGACUCCUUGGGCAUGUGCAAAUGACAGAGAAAUUCCAGAAUUCACAGAAGGCCAAGAAGUCCCUGUCGCUGGCGUUGAACUUUCAACUGAAUAUACAUCGCCUCCAGGAUACUUAACAGAGAGUGAAUUAUUAUCUUUAAUGGAAGCUAAUGGAAUUGGAACUGAUGCUUCUAUGUCAGCACACAUAAAUAAUAUUUGUGAACGAAAUUACGUUAAAGUUGAAUCAAAUUCUAGAAGAUUAAUACCGACGCAACUUGGUAUUAGGCUUGUUCAUGGGUAUUAUGCAGUUGACAAAGAUUUGGUGCUUCCAAAGGUGAGAUCAGAAAUUGAAAAAAGUGUCUCUUCUAUUGCUAAAGGAGAAGCGCAAAAAGAAUUUAUAGUAAAUCGUUCAGUGGAUAUUUUUAAACAGAAGUUUGCAUAUUUUACUCCCCCACUUUUAAACUGGAACUAAAAUCCUAUUCCAAUUUAUGAGGGCUAAUCUGUUUUAAAAUAAAUUUAAAAAUUUUUAAUAUCUCAAAAAAAUAUAAAUUAAACACAAUACUUUAAAUUUAAAUUAAAAACAAAUUUAUUCUAAUUGAGGGGUUAAAGCACCACAAAAUACAAAUUUUACGAAUAUUUUGUUCCAAUUUAAAAGGGGAGUUAGAGAGAAUAUUGCUAAUGUUGAUCAGCUGUUUGAAGCUUAUUUUUCUCCUCUAGCUCAAAGCCAAGGAAAACCAUUUACUAAAUGUGGAAAAUGCUUUAGGUUUAUGAACUACCUCCCAUUAAGACCUUGCCGUCUUUAUUGUCCUAAUUGUGAAAUGACCUAUAAACUUCCUCAAAACUGCACAAUCAAGCCUUAUAAAGAACAAAAAUGCCCUCUUGACCAUUUUGAAAUACUAAUAGUAAAGAAUAACAAUUUUAGCUAUUUAAUCUGCCCAAACUGCUUUUCUGAUCCACCAUUUGAAGGAAUUGGGAGUGAAAUGAGUUGCAUGAAGUGUCCUCAAUAUGAUUGUGAAAAUAACAUGGCAAAACACGUUAUAACCGCUUGUCCUAAAUGCGAAAAUGAUAUGACUAUCAAUGGGCUGCUGAAGCCAAAUUGGUCAUUAAUUUGUGUUUUUUGCAAGUUUUCUAUAAACAUGUUUGAAGGAGCCAGCUCAGUUGUAAAAAAAGAUAUAAAUUGCGAGGAGUGUGGAUCUUUUGUUGUGAAAGUUAAAUAUAAUAAUAAUUCGCCUUGGGAAGCAGGAGAAAUGGAAGGAUGCUUGUGGUGCAACUCUGAAAUGGCGAAAUUGGUGGAUUAUAGGGAAGGAACAGAAAAAGAUGAAAAUAGAAGAGGAGAUGGGAGAGGACAUCGAGGAAGAGGACAUAAAGGAAGAGGGCAUAGAGGAAGAGGCGGAAGGAGUAGAGGAAGAGGCGGAAGGGGUAGAGGUAGGGGAAAGCAAAAUCAGCAAGAUAAGUAUCUUAGUUUUGAAGAUUUUUAA